AAGUCAAAUUUAAAACCGAAUCACACGGCUAACUUUUAAUAUAUUGCAAUUAUAAUGUGGAGUCGUUUGGUUGAGUUUGAAAUUCAGCUUCCAAACCGGUUUGGUUAGGUACGAGUUGAAUUGGGUUCGAUUUAUCUUUUGAGUUUCGUGAAGUCUGCAGAUGGAAUAGUGAGCCACACCUCGAGGUCGGCAUGCCAUUGAAAAGGAAGCACGUGACGGUGUCGGGUGGGUAUUGCCACUAGCUCGAUCGGACAAGAUCCAAGAGCUUCAGAUCACGCCGACGGGUGUAUCAGUUCCAACAGAAGAGAGAGGGGAAGAUGUUUACCUCUGGAAGCACUCUUAAGCCUCCGUCCCAAUCAGCAAAAACAUGGCAGUUGGUCCGCAGGCCAACGCGCAGGUAACUUGGUACGAACCGCCUUGGUUCAAGAAAGGAGUUCCUAGACUCGGUUUCAUCCAAUGGAUGGCUCGUCUGGAGACCGAGACCGACUUCGGCAAUGGGGGAUCCAAGCCGUGAUGUAUCUUAUAAAGGACUUCAAAGGCAACGGCUUUGUCGUGCUUGGCCUCACCCGUGAUGGAUACUCGGGACUAUCGUUCUCUCUUCGUCAUUGAUUCUUAGCGUAUAUUGAUCCCGACAAGUGGCCGGUUGCUUGGUUAUGAAAGAUUUGGAUAACUUAUCCCUGUUUGUGGAUGGUCACAAUACUUACAGAUUAAUGCGAUGCGACCCAACAUGGUCCAUGAUGAUCAGCUUUGGUAUUUCCCGACCACGGCCCUGAUGUAGUCCGUGGAUCACGUGAGGGACGAUAACCCGCAACCACGGCUACAGCCAUAAUCUUGUCAGGUUUCUGCAGUUGAAUUGGACUAUGAGUUUCUUUGGCCGUCCUUAAUUGUUGAUUACGUUCCUGCUUCUCUUUGUUGCUUUUGUCUUGGAUUUCAUGCUUCUGUUUUUUCAUGGGUGAAACCAAAGUAUUCUUAUCUCCCCUGUCUCGGAUUAGUCCACGUGGCGGCUCCUCGUCUCCCUAUCCUUCCGAAAACUACUCGAGAUAUACCAUCCAUUCUCCACCGUCGAUCGUCCCAGGCCCGAAUAUCUCAACCGUUGGUUUUUCGUUCACCACAACAACCUUACCAUCUUCCCCACCUCCUCUAGUCGUCGAGAAACCACAGACUCUCUCUCUCCGACUCCAAUGGCGUCUCUCCAGCAAACCCUAGUUUCUAUGCAAUCCAAGCUCCCACCGUCGUCAGACCGAAUUCUGAGGUCCCUCCCGCUUCGGAAGUCCUUCCCGCUCCGAAUCGGACGCGGAGGCGGCGCCGCCGGAGCGAGGAUGGUCGCGACGGCGGCUGGAAGCUACGCGACGGCUCUCGCCGACGUGGCGAAAUCGAACAACACUCUGGAUUCGACGAGCGCCGACGUGGAGAAGAUCGAGAAGGUCUUCUCGGACCAGCAGGUCGUAGAGUUCUUCGCGAAUCCGACGGUUACCGUGGAGAAGAAGCGGGAAGUCCUCGACGAGAUUGCGAAAUCAUCGUCGCUGCAGCCUCACACGGAGAAUUUCCUGAACAUCCUGGUCGAUGCGAACCGGAUCGAGAUGGUGAGCGAGAUCGUGAAGGAGUUCGAGGCGGUGUACAACAAGCUGACGGACACGGAGCUGGCGGUGGUGAGCUCGGUGGUGAAGCUGGAGCCGCCGCAGUUGGCGCAGAUAGCGAAGCAGGUGCAGAAGCUGACGGGGGCGAGGAACGUGAGGAUCAAGACGGUGAUCGACCCUGAGCUCGUGGCUGGGUUCACGAUCAGGUACGGCAACUCUGGGUCGAAGCUGAUCGACAUGAGCGUGAAGAAGCAGCUCGAGGACAUCGCCGCUCAGCUCGACCUCGGCGACAUCCAAUUAGCAUCCUGAGUCUUGUAUCAUUCGAAUCUAAAUUCCCCUUUUUUUGUGCAAUUCAAUCUCAAAUUCUUUUCUUUCUCCAGCUAAAAGUGCUGUUACAAAUC